AUGAUGUCACCAUUAGCUGCAGGAAUGCUUUGGAAAACUCUUUUAACUCACAAUGCAACUCUAAUGGGUUCAAAUUCAUUUCAAACAUAUCGAAAUCUUCAAGGAAGCCCAACACCUGGUAAUGAGCUUACCGAUGAGUUUAAUGUUCUGGAGGUUGGUCUUUGGAAUGCAGUGUGUUUAAACAGAGGGCAAGAAACCAUAUCCAGAUUAAUCACAUACAAUGGCAUAAAACAGAAGUUAUGGGGCAUUCAACUUUCAUCCCUAGUGAAACCCGGUACUCCAAUUACAGUUGAAGGAAAGAAGGUAGGAAAGUUGACAAGUUAUACGGGUGGAAAAGGGAGAAAUGAGUAUAUUGGUUUAGGGUAUAUCAAGAGAAAAGCUGCUUGAAAAGGGAACACAGUUAUUGUUGGAGAUGAUGUUUUUGGGACACUUGUGGAAGUUCCUUAUCUUGCACAACAGCAACCGUUAGCGUUGAGUUCAAAAUCUUAGUAUGGAUUAAAAAAUAAAUAGUGUUUGGCUAGCAAAUUGUGAGAUAUCAUUUACCCUUCCUCACCAAUAGUUUUAUCAUUUUUUUUAAUCCUGUCAAAAAAAAUCUUUCUAAUUAUAGCCAUAUACUUUCAUUUUUUGUGUAUUAUAGCAUCCUACUUUUAUUUCUUUCUAUUACAUCAUUUGUACAUUUUUUUCAUAAAAACAUGAAAAAAAAUGAUAUGGGGCCCCCAGGUUUUUU